AUGCAACAGUUGAGAAGCAGCCAUUUUCAAUUAGGGCAAACGGAUUAAAGUAAAGGAUUUUAGAGUUUCUUUAGAGAAUCAAUUCGCAUCUAUUAUGAAAAUGAAUUUUCAAGGAGAUUAAACAAAUAAUCAAGCAAGUGAAGUUGGUGAUAAAUUAAAUUUGAAAGGAGUUCAUUUUAAUCUGGGUGAAUCCAAAUGUAAUUUGUAUAUCCACCAAGAUUAAAGCAUCAUACAAUACCAUUUUUAAAACUGAUUUUCAGGGAAAGUAACCUGGAAAACCUGCUGCCCUGAAUCAAGAAUAGAAAAAUGAUUUAAGAACUAACCAUUUUGUCCUUGGCAAUCAAGAAAUUCAUAAAGUUACUAUUAAUAGGGCGGCGUAUAACGAAAAGCCAUUAUAGCCUGGAUUAUAAAAUGAAUAAGAAAGUAAUCUUAAUUGAAUAUCAUGAGUCCAAAAGAAUAAGAUGAUAUCACAUCAUCACAAAUUCGCAGAAACCUCUCAUAAAAUGAUGUAGACUAAUUACUAUGAACAAUAUUAACCUCAAUAAUUAGAACCAAAAUAAGACCUGGCUGAAAAAGCUAGGUAAAUAAGAGUUUCAAAUAUUUUUCUUGGGAAAGAAGUAAUAAGUCAAUUUAAACUAAUUAGAAACUUCCUAUGGUUACUGCCUAACAAGAAUACUACAAUAGAAAAGAGGGAGGACCCUCUGCAUCCUUUAAAGCAGGGUUUUAGACAACGCAUAUUAGUUUAGGAACAGCUAAUCCUGAAUAUUAAACAAUUAAUUAAGAAUAUUUCUAGAGAUAAGAAGUAUAAUCAAAUCCUUUCACUGAAGAAAAUAGAUAAAAUUUGAGAGGUAAAACAAAAUGGCAUUCUUAUUAGCAACUCAUUUCCUUUUUGGAUAAGAUAGUUAGCCAUAUUUAUCAGAAACUAUGUCUCAUUAUAGGCCUUACUCAGAAAAUAAAGUCAAUUUAGUAAAUAAUACAUCAGCACUUCAAGGAAGUCAUUUUACAAUUGGAGAUCCAAGAUUUAUGAAUCAUAAGACAGAAACUUACUAUACAAGUACAAUGAAACCUCCUUAAAAAUUAUCGAAUUCUCUCCCCCGUGAUUAAUAGUUGGACAGGGGGUCCAAUUUCAAAGUUGGAACUGAGAAUAUACAAUAUACAUCAGAGACGUAAUGCAAGUAAUUUUUUAUAAAUUUAUGAUUUUUCAGUUUCAAAAAUCCAUCUGGAAAGGCUGCUCAAUUAUCUGAAAAGCUUUUAAAAGACUUAAAAUCAUCUCAUUUCGGAUUUAAUGACGAUAGUGGUAGGAAUACGUUUAUGACUACAUAGAUGGCGACUCUCAAUAAAUAAUAAGGAUCUCCUAAUAAAUUAGAUCCUCUAGUUAGUGCUAAUCUGAAGUAUUUUCAAUAGUUAUUGAGAUAGGUCGCAUCAUUUUACACUAGGACAAAACGAAGGAGAUUUAAUAUCAUAAUCACAUGAUAUCCACAGACCUUUGGAUGGAAAACCAAAUGUUCUUAAUAAAUUUUAAGCUAAUGAUUUAAGAAGGAAUCAUUUUGAAUUAUCAUGA